UCUCCUGUCAACCAGCCUUGCAGGACCUCUUGCACCAAUCCCCUGUUUCUUCCAAAAAGCCAAAGCCUCAUCUUCUUCUCCUCAAAACUUCUUCCACUGAGAAAUCGUUGCCUUCUUUGAUCCCAACUGCACCCCUUGCACCAAUCAUGGCCGCUGCAGACAAAUCCGUGGAAACCCAGGUGGCUGGUAUUGCUGUGAAGGCGGUCGAGGAGCCUGCCGAGGUCAUCAAGGCAGUGAUGGUAGAGACAAAAAAGGCUAAAAGGGAGCAACCCAAAGCAGAGGAGGAGGAGGAGAAGGUCAAAGUACCCCAAGAGGCCAAAACUCUGGGUUCAUUUAUGCAGAAGAAUUCUUCCUUCAAGGAGGAGAGCAACUUCCUCUCUGACUUAAAAUAUAGCGAGAAGAAGGCCUUGAUGGAGCUGCGAGGAAAGGUCGAAGAGGCCAUCCUCAAGAGAAAGCUCUUCAAGAAGGAGGAUAGGCAGGAAAAGCGGCAAGAAGAUAAAAAAGAGAGACGUCAACCUGAUGGAGAAGGUGAAGAGGAUAACUCGGCUGCCAAGGAGAAGGCAGCAGAGGCCAUUGACAAAGACAUCUCCCUAUGGGGAGUGCCACUUCGGCCAAGCAAGUGCCCCGAGAGAAACAAUGUAGUCCUCCUAAAGUUUCUCCGAGCUCGAGAAUUCAAAGUUAAGGAAGCAUUUGAGAUGCUCCAGAACACACUCCAGUGGAGGAAGGAAUCGGCAGUUGAUUCAAUCCUCAAUGAAGAUUCCUUGGGUGCAGAUUUUGCAAAUGCAUGCUACAUGGAUGGCGUCGAUCGCGAGGGACGUCCAGUUUGCUACAAUGUGCAUGGGGUUUUCCAGGAUGAAGAUCUCUACAUGAAGGCAUUUGGGACAGAGGAGAAGAGGGAGCAGUUUGUGAGGUGGAGGGUUCAGCUGAUGGAGAAAGGUAUUCAGAAGCUAGACUUCAAGCCGGGUUCUAUUGCUUCAUUUGUCAAUAUCAUUGAUCUAAAGAACUCCCCCGGGCCUUCCAAGAAGGAGCUGAGGCUCACAAUUAAUCAGGCCGUCGAGCUGCUUCAGAACAACUACCCGGAGUUUGUUGCUAAGAAUAUCUUCAUCAACGUCCCCUUCUGGUACUAUGCAUUCAAUGCUCUCCUGUCACCUUUCCUAACCCAAAGAACCAGGAGCAAAUUUGUCUCUGCACGCUCGUCAAAGGUUACUGAAACUCUUCUGAAAUAUAUUCCUGCUGGAAAUAUCCCUGUAUGCUAUGGUGGUCUGAAACGCGAGAAUGAAACUGAAUUUUCCGCCGAUGAUGGUAGGGUUACAGAGCUCAGAGUUAAAGCUGGUUCCACAGAAAAUGUAGAAAUUCCUGUGCCAGAGGUUGGGACUACCUUCAUUUGGGAUUUGACUGUUUUGGGCUGGGAGGUUAACUACAAAGAGGAGUUUAUACCGACCGAUGAAAGGUCAUACACCAUCAUCAUUCAAAAGGGUAAGAAAAUGGGAGCUCAGGGAGGACCAGUUCGGAACUCGUUUAAGAACAAUGAGCCGGGCAAGGUUGUGAUAUCAAUUGAGAAUACCACGUUCAAAAAGAAGAAGGUCUUAUUUAGGUGCAAGGCAAAGAGUUCUUGAGUCAUGACUUGGGGUGAGAUUUCAAAUUAUUGUGUCCGGACAGGUUGGUUUGUCUUGUUUGUGCUUAUGAUGGUUUGAUUGUAACUGUCGAUCACAUUCUAAAGAUUUCUUUUGUAUGAA